GCGGCGCUGCCCCGAGUUUCGGAGGAGAGCCCGACACCCCCCAAAUUAUGAGGGGCCACCCCUCGCUGCUGCUGCUCUUCGUGGGAUUGGUCACCUGCCUCGAUAGUGCCUUUGAUGGAGAGGAGGAAGACCAAGGCAUCUUCCUGGACUCCCCAGAGGCUCAGAGCUUCUUGGUCAGCCAUCGAAGGGUCCCCCGAGCCAACCACUGGGACCUGGAACUCUUCACGCCCGGGAACUUGGAGCGGGAGUGCAUCGAGGAAAAGUGCUCCUAUGAGGAGGCUAGGGAGUGCUUUGAGGACGAUACUCUGACGAAACGCUUUUGGGAGGGCUACGCCCAUAAUGGCAAAGGAGGGCGCGACCGAGUGGACGUGGCGGGCCUGGCUGUGGGGCUGACAUUUGGGUUCCUGCUGAUUCUCAUGGUGGGCCUGGGGGCCUUUUGGUAUCUCCACUGGAGACGGCGAAGAGACCAGCUGCAUGCCUGUCCUCAAGAGUUCGAACCUAUGACUCCGGAGAGCUCCUUAAGCUCGCCAACGCCCUUGAUACCACCCCCACCUCCGGGUCUGCCUACAUAUGAGCAGGCGCUGGCGGCUUCUGGGGUGCACGAUGCACCUCCACCCCCUUACUCCAGCCUCCGGAGGCCUCACUGAAAAGGUGCUUCGGAGUCGGGCUUCCCGGGAUCGUGCCCCAGGGUCACCCCGGAUUCCGGAAGACCCCCUCCCC